GAGUGCAACGUAGCUAAUGAGCCGAUACACAACAUCCUGCGUGGAGACGUUUAUCAGAGCACAAGUCUGAGUCAGUGCUGAUAAAUCUGAGCGUGGGACAACAUUAACACUCUGUGUUUGUAUCGGCUACUAUUUCACGAACACAGCUUCUGUGGAGAGCAGGGAACGAAACACGUCUGAACUCUUAAAUUAGCCCCACACACCGCGUCUCUAGACGGCAAAAAUGGCCUCAGACGAGCUGUCCCAGAAACUCGGCCGCCGGCUUCUGAUCGAAGAGGGAGCCGAGGCGCCCGUGGCCGUGGACGUGGACGAGCCCGGACCACAGGGUGAGAGCGAGGAGAAGGAGAGCGCGGCCAACGCAGACUCGGAGCUGGGGGCUAAGCUGGCGCGAAGAGGGGCGUUAAACGAGGGCGUGGGUGAGCCGUGCCAGCCCAGCUUGAAGGUGUGCAACCCGUACACCGAGUUUAAGGAGUUCUCCCGAAAACAGAUCAAAGACAUGGAGAAGAUGUUCAAAAUGUAUGAUACUGGGAAAGACAACUACAUUGACCUGAUGGAGCUGAAACUGAUGAUGGAGAAGCUCGGUGCUCCGCAGACACACCUCGGUUUGAAGAACAUGAUCAAGGAAGUAGACGAGGACCUGGACAACAAACUCAAUUUCAGAGAGUUCCUGCUGAUUUUCAGAAAAGCGGCAGCAGGAGAGCUGGCAGAAGACAGCGGCCUCUGUGUCCUCGCUCGCCUCUCUGAAAUCGACGUCUCCACAGAGGGAGUUAAAGGAGCCAAGACCUUCUUUGAAGCCAAAGUCAAGGCCAUCAAUGAGUCCAACAAGUUUGAGGCAGAGAUCCGUCAGGAGCAGGAGGAGAAGAAGAAGCAGGCCGAGGAGCAGAAACAGAGACGAGCUGCUUUCAAUGACCUGAAGUUGGCUUUUAAAUGACCACCUUUCUCUCUCAUCUCAGGACUUUUUCACUCUCUGACAGAGUGUGUUUGAAUGCCCGGUGUCUGUCAGACAGUGUUCUGAGUCGACCCAAAGUCCCGUACAUUUUGGACCAAUAGUCUAUAAUACAUAACGAAAAAAAAAUCAGCAGGAAAAACAAAAUUCAGUGAUUCAUUUGUAUAUUUGUAUCUCUAAAGCUCAGUAAUGCCUUCAAACAUCAGGAUGCAACUAAAGCAGGAUUGCUGAGCUACAUUUAUGGACAAUUCUUUGUGUCUGCUCAUUUUUGUUACCCAAAUAUCCACUCUGUGGCCACUGUGCUGGCACAGUGGGGGGUGCUGACCCACAGGGGUCAACGGAUUACGUUCCACAGAAGAAAAAUCUGAUCUAGUAGAGUUAAAAAAAAAAAAAAAAAACAACAGUGUUUUCUCAUCUUUCCUUCACCCUCUUUAAACUGUGAGGUAUAUGGAAAGGAUUAAGCCCAUUCUGCCUUCCUGAAUCCUGUUAUACCUGAAGGGAUAAACACACACACACACACACAGCCACCAUCUGUGGGAUCUCAACUGUAGCUAAAGUUACUCAGGAGGUACUACUGUACUUACCUCCUGAGUAAUUGUGUAGACUGCUGAUGAAUGCACUUGUGCGUCUGAGUUAUAUUUCGUUGACUUCAUUCAUUCCGUAACUUGUGUUCUAUCCACUGUGACUCGUUAAAUGUGUUAAAUGGUGAACAAAUA